AUGGCGGAUAAGCAGAGGAGAACAACAAUCAUUAGGCAAGUAGUGUCUCUCCUUUUAUUUCUUUGCGUGUGGGCCCUCGGAUCCGGAACAGUUCGCUAUGCUGUGCCUGAGGAAAUGGAAAGCGGGUCCUUUGUGGCUAAUGUAGCAAAGGAUCUAGGGCUAGACCCGAAGAGACUGUCUGCUCGCAGGGCCCGUGUGGUUUCCGAAGGCAGCCGCCAGCAUUUCCAGCUAAACAGCAACACCGGGAACUUGUUUAUUAAAGAGAAACUGGACAGAGAGGAACUGUGUGGGCAAACUGACCCCUGCAUUCUGCAUUUUGAAAUAAUCCUGGAAAAUCCCUUGCAGUCCUAUAGGGCUGAGGUAAGGGUUUAUGAUGUAAAUGAUCAUUCUCCGGAGUUCUCAGAUAAUGAGCUGCUUCUAAAGAUGCCCGAAAGCACUCCGCCUGGGUCCCGAUUCCCUCUGGCAAACGCCCAGGAUUUAGAUGUCGGGAACAACAGUUUGCAGAGCUACGCCGUCAGUUCAACGGACCAUUUCCGCGUAUACACUCGCCAUCGCAGCGACGGCAGGAAGUACGCGGAGCUGGUGUUGGAGACACCUUUGGAUCGAGAGGAGCAGGCAGAAAUUAGCUUCAUGCUGACUGCGAUAGACGGAGGCUCCCCAGCGCGGUCCGGUGCAGCGCAGGUACGAAUAACUGUUCUGGAUAGCAAUGAUAAUGUUCCCGAGUUUUCCCAAACUCUUUAUAGAGCACGGGUUUUGGAAAAUUCCGAACAAGAUUACGUGGUUCUGACAACUGAUUCAGACGAAGGAAUUAAUGGAGCAAUAUCAUAUACAUUUAGCCAAAAAUCCAAAAAGAAUGUCAGCGCAUUCAGUAUAAACCCGGUAACUGGGGAGAUUCGACUUUUGGGACCACUAGAUUUUGAGGAAACAGAAACCUAUGAAAUAGACGUUCAAGCUACAGAUGGCGGGGGGCUGUCAGCACACAGCAAAGUCCUGGUGGAGGUGGUGGAUGUCAAUGACAAUGCCCCAGAGGUGAAAGUAACAUCUCUUGUUAGUCCGAUACCGGAAGAUUCCUCUCCCGAGACCGUGGUGGCCCUCUUCAAUGUCAGAGACCGGGAUUCUGGGGACAACGGGAGAACAGUCUGUUCCAUAGAAGACGAUCUGCCGUUUUCUGCAAAACCAACUUCAAAAAAUUCCUAUUCUUUAGUGACCGAAAAUACAUUUGACCGAGAAAAAGUAUCGGAGUAUAACAUAACCAUCACAGCCAGGGAUUUGGGAACUCCCAGUCUUUCUACUGAAGAGAGAAUCAUUGUGAAAAUAUCCGACAUUAAUGACAAUUCCCCAGAGUUCAGUCAAACAUCAUACAUGAUGUACGUCCGAGAAAACAACGGCCCAGCUGUAUUGAUAGGGAAAGUCAAUGCUUUUGAUUCAGACUCAGAGCAGAAUGCCAAAGUGACAUACUCUCUAUGGCCUGCUGAGGUAGGUGGCCUUCCUCUGCUCUCCUAUAUCUCCAUAAACUCGGAAAAUGGGAAUGUGUACGCUCUGCGAUCCAUGGAUUAUGAACAGAUAGGAAGUUUCCAGGUUGCAGUGAGAGCUGCAGAUGGCGGGUCCCCUCCACUAAACUCUGAAGUCAUUGUUCGAGUUGUGAUAAUUGAUGAAAAUGACAACGCCCCCUUCAUUUUAUACCCUCUGCAGAACAGCAGCUCCCCCGCUAAUGACCUGGUUCCCAGGUCGGCGGAGGCGGGUUACCUGGUGACGAAGGUGGUGGCUGUGGAUGGAGAUUCCGGUCAGAAUUCUUGGCUUUCCUAUCACUUGUUGAAGGCCACUGACCCAGGUCUAUUUACUAUCGCUUCCCAAAAUGGUGAAAUAAGAACCACGAGGCUAAUAACAGACCGAGAUACGAUGAAGCAAAUACUCAUUGUGCUUGUUAGAGACAGCGGAGAAUCGCCCCUUUCGUCAUCUGCAACUUUAAACAUCGCUCUAGUGGAUGGGUUUUCAGACUUACACAUGCGGUUUACAGAUGCAGCUGUGGAAGAGGAAGAGAAUGGCACAUUAACUCUGUACUUAAUAAUUUCCUUGUGCUUAGUAUUAUUUGUUUUUUUUAUUUCAAUAAUAGUAUUUAUAAUUAUCAAGCUUUAUAGAAGAAGACAUUAUAGAGAAAGAUUCAUGUCUGCUUCUGGUAAUUUUUAUGGUAAUAGCAACUUCCAAAAUAAUUUGGUAGAUGUAACGGGUAACGGAACUCUGUCUCACAGUUAUCGUUAUGAAGUCUGUUUAACAACUGGAUCAGGAAACAGCGAAUUCAGAUUCCUCAGACCCAUUAUCCCCUCUCUCCCACCUCAGCAUGGCAUUGCUGGAACGGACUCUGGAAAAGAACAGGAUCUUCUUACUAACCUCCAGCUGAACACGGACCUAGAAUCAGCGAACGAGGUUAGAUUAACUUCUGAUCUUCUCGAGUGUUUUUAUUUCAUUUUCGUUAAUUAUUUAUUUAAAGUGUACCCAUCAUUAAAAGAUAAUGUAGAAGUUUUUAUUUUCAAAAUUAUUCAGAAAGCGAUUCCUUUCCUUCUCUAA